AUGGGAUUGCUUUCAGAAGUGUACUAUGCCGCUUUGGUGAUUUGGCGUGCCUUCUUCAUUCGAGGAGAAUUCACAACAGAUAAAAUGCCUGACCUCACGGGCCGCGUGAUGGUAGUUACCGGCGGAAAUGCGGGUAUUGGUUGGGAGACGAUCAAGGCCCUCCUGGAACAUAAUGCCAAGGUAUAUAUGGCCUCGCGCAGCAGAUCGCGUGCCGAAGCAGCCAUUGCGCUCCUCAAGGAGGAGACCGACAAGGAACCGAUCUUCCUCGAGCUGGAUCUGGCCAACUUGAAGUCAGUGCGGAGGGCUGCAGAGGAGCUUUUGAGCAAGGAACCAGAGCUGCAUGUGUUGUUUAAUAGUGCUGGGGUCAAUAUCCCAUUCAAGAAACAGCUCACCGCCGACGGGUACGACCUCGAUUUUGGUACCAACGUCAUAGGCCACUUCCUUUUCACCGGAAUGCUCAUGCCUUCACUCAUCGCCGGUGCUGAGUCAUCUCCUGACCGUCACGCACGAAUCAUCACGACCUCAUCCUCCAUCGCGAUGCUCGGUCACAUCAAUUUUGACUCAUGGAAGGAGGGUCCUGCCCGGCAGAGGACCGCGGUCGACUUGCUGUAUGCUCAGAGCAAGCUGGCAAACGUGAUCGUCGCGAGGCAGAUAGCGAGGCGGUAUGCUGAUAAAGGAAUCGUCUCGAUUUCCGUCGACCCAGGAAACAUCGUGUCCGACAUGCAGCGUUACGACAGAGAGCGAACAGGGAUCUCAGGCGUGCUCACACGCAUUGUAUUUGCAAUCGUCCUCCGUCCGACGCCUUUCGGAGCACUCACGCAGCUAUGGGCGGGGACGAUGCCCGAGGCAGUUCACGCGAAUGGAGAGUAUUUGAUUCCGAUCGCGCGUACAGCAAGAUGUCGCCUGGAGGCAUAUGAUGACGAGUUCGGCAGGAAGGUUUGGAAGAGGCUCGAGGAGGAGAUAAAAGGGCGUUGA